AUGAAUAAUACAACGUCAAGUCCAGUGGUAGAAAAUGAACCAAAAAUUCUUGUCUUUGAACUUUUCUACGAAAGACAGAUUUUUGCAGCAAUUGUCAUCACUGUUGUCACUCUUGGCACAGUUGGUAACAGCUUAGUCAUCAUCGCUGUUGCUUCAUCCAAGAAACUCCGGACGACCACCAACGUCUUUGUGGUCAAUUUGGCCGUCGCUGACGUACUGAAUUGCUUCUUCCUGCCCUGGCAGGCUGUGGCGAUCCUGGGAGGAGAUGACUGCUGGCCAAUAUCUGGGGCGAGAUGGGUUUGCACUGCUGCUUCCUUCAUAUCUGUCUUCACAACCGGAUGCAGCCUGAACAACCUAGCACUGAUCGCCGUCAACCGUUGGGUGGGCAUCACCAAGUCUCGCUUCACCACCCGUCGCAUCUACACCGCCCGUAAACUCGCUUUGAUGGUCAUCUUCUCCUGGGCUAUACCGCUCGGCUGUGCCCUGACGCCGGUUUUAACGGACUUUGGUGAACUUGGCUACGAAAAGCUGUACAAACUAUGUUCCUGGGUAAGAUUAAAUCCGUACACUAAUACUUACCGUAUGCUUAUUGCAGGAAUCUACUACCCAACACAGCUGAUAACGAUCACCAUCAGUUACAUUUCCAUUUUCUUUUACGUCCGUAAGACGUCACACGAGACGAUGGAGGCGACACGAGGAAACCUAGCGACGAGGAUGAGGAUCUCUAAAAGGCAACUUGACGUCACCAAGAACUUGGUGUACGUCGUCCUGGCGUUCAUUCUUUGCUUUACGCCAUGUUUCGUUGCCCUAACAAUAACGGAUGCCGAGUGGAUCUACAAAUUCGCGCCUUGGGCUGUCGCCAUGGUGUACUGCAACAGCAGCGUCAACCCCGUCAUUUACGCAACCUCGCACCCAGACUUCAAAGAGGUCAUCGGGCACCUGAUGUGUCGGCGAAGAUGUCGGACAAUACCCCAAAGUGAUCCAAGUCCGAGAGCCAGGGCAGCAGUAUACGCCAUUAGCACCCUACUAACCAGGAAUGCCCAGAGAACGAAGACCACAGCAUGUAAUUAA